AUGGGCCGCGGCUUGGAGGCGACGGGAUUGGCGGUGGCGCAGCCGUUCGGGGCCGAGGACACGGAGCUGCCGCCCGAUUUCUGCGAGGAGCAGGAGGCCGUGGGCACAGAGAGGCCUACGGGGGAUCGCUGCCCUGCCGCUGCUGUCGCCGCCACCGUAGUCGCUGACACGGCGGAGCGGCAGGCCGACGGUGCAGGAGGUGUUGAUCCGAGCGGGACGGUCAACGUCGGUAUCCAGGGCGACGUGGACUUUGUCGAGGGCGUGGAGAAGCAGCUGAGGCUCUGGGGCCAGGCGCGCCCUGGCCGAGCGACCCGUCCUUUCGUGCGGCGCCGCGCUCGGGUGGACGCGGCGAGCUCGCUCAAUUUCUGGGCUGCCUAUCCCGCUGGAGUGUCGCCGGGCGCUCUGGAGUCGGAGUCAGACUCCAGCGAGGAUGUGGCCGCCGACGGCGUGCGCAACCAGAAGGGCCAGCUGAUGACGAGGGACGAGGCCUGGGAAGAGUACCUGGCCAUGGAGGCGAAAGGAGCGCGUCUUCCUGCAUGGCGUCGUCCGAGGUUCAACCAGUUGGAGGCCUUCCUGGGGCUCGCCGAGGACUGAUCUUCCUUGUUUUUUAGGCCGCCUUAUCGCUCAGCGGUAACGGACAGCCACAGAGCCAAUAGGAGCC